AUCCUACAUCUGUAAGCCAAUCAGCGACGUCGUGACUUUGGGAAACAGACUAGAGGAUUUUCAAGAUGGUGCUCGAAAGUACUAUGGUCUGCGUGGACAACAGUGAAUACAUGAGGAAUGGAGAUUUCCUGCCCACCAGAUUACAGGCACAGCAAGAUGCUGUCAACAUUGUCUGCCACUCAAAGACCCGUAGUAACCCAGAGAAUAAUGUGGGUCUAAUCACAAUGGCAAAUAAUUGUGAGGUCCUCACCACUUUAACACCAGACACAGGCCGCAUUCUCUCAAAGCUUCAUGCGGUUCAGCCGCUGGGAAUAAUCUCGUUCUGUACUAGCAUACGAGUGGCACAUUUGGCACUAAAGCACAGACAAGGCAAGAACCACAAGAUGAGGAUUGUCGCUUUUGUGGGCAGCCCAGUAGAGGACAACGAAAAAGAUGCAAGUUUAUUUAUUUUUUCUUUUAACAUUUUUGUGACGUCAUCAUCUUAUCCCUUUUCUCCGUUCCCAGUAAAAUCAUCCCCCUCGAAGAAGAGUCGAAGUGGCUGUUCGAGCGUUGUGAGACGGCUUCCGAUGGGAAGCACUGCUUCUGCUCCCGGCGGACAGACAGUCAAUGAUGCCAGACUGGUGUACCGUACUCAUCUUAACCAGGCCGAAACAGAAGGAGAGAGUUGCAUGCAGUCGGGCAGACCGGACCUGCUCCCGCAAACCCAUCCUUUGGCUGGAAGCUCCAGCGAGUUUGACUCGACACAUCUGGCCUCCUCCUCACCUGGCAGCACAGGAAAGCCAUCAUCAUCACCUCCUCAAAGGUCAGUAGGGGUGGAGGUGCACAAAUCUGCAGUCAUUGAGCCGGACAACAGCGCCCCUCACAGCACUGGAGCCGAAUGCUUAGAUGAGCAGUUGAGCAACGAAGACGCUCUUUCCCUCAAGGACAUCAUCCCAGAAACUGACAUUUGUUUUUAAGACCAGAGCGACAACUGAAGACACAAGAGCAGAGCGUUUAAACAAAAGAUGGACACAGAACCACGCAAGAGAUGAUGGGCGCUUUUGAGCGUUGAUAUGAUGGGAAUUUUUCUCUCGGUGGAGAGCUUCGGAAAGAACUCCAGGUCCUCAGCACAAUGAAAUAUGUUUUAAAAGUGAGUGAGCGACAGAGAGAAUAAGGGCAGGCCACCGAGCCAGGAGUUUUAGUGGCCUUUUCUCUUUCUCUUGCACAGGAAAUGCUGCUAAAACCGAUUUUGACGACAAAAUGAUUAGAAAGGGAUGUUAGUAUCUCGGCCACACUCUUUUACUGCCUUUGUUCGCUCUUAAACGUUUCAAACAGAGCAAGCGGGAUGCACAGACUCUUUAGUUUUCUCUUCCUAGCUCGUGAUAGGAACAUUUGGCACCACUUUAUAGUAUCGUUGGAGGCUAUGUUGCAUCUUUAUUAGCGUAGAUCUUUAUUUAUAUAGGCCUUUAAAUCUUUUCAAUUCUCUCUGGACUGGUGGGACUCGGACUAGUGGCUGCUAGCGCUCCAGUACACUUAUCUCAAAAGGCGUUACGCUGCGACACGGAGCGCGUGUCCGAGAUAAGCGGGCAACUUCUGUUUCUCAGUGGCUUCUGUAUAUACAUAUAUGAAGGUUAAUUUUGUUUUUGGAGCAAAUCUGACGAGAGCGUCUCAUCGGUGAGCUCUCCAGCUCUUUCUGUGUUUGAGACAGCAUGCGCCAAAAGAGCAACAAAAAUACAGGGGGAAAAAAAUGACCAAAAAACGAUUCCCACUUUGUAAAAAAGUAAACGUAUUUGAAUGUUACAGAUAAAAUAGCUUUGCAUAUUCAAAAUAUCAGGCUUAGCGUUUCAUGGUUAGUUGCUUUACGAUUGCCUUCUUUUGAGGUAGGGUUAGUUUUUGC